UAAAAAAGUUCGGUGGCGUUAGCUCCGCCGCUAGUCACCUUUCACCAGCAGAGAGGGAAGUAACAUUUGGGGGAUUUAAAGAAAAACAAACGGGAGACAGCGUCAAAGAACUGAAGCGGUGCACCGUGGAUUGCGGGAAAGUGUAACUAUCCACUGCUCGUCGGAAGAAACUCAACGUCUGGGGAAAUAAUCACGAGUGCGAGUGGAAGUUUGUGUUUACUGAUGUUGUGGUAGCUAGCUGGGUGGCCCUGUUAGCCUGUUAGCGGGGACGGUGCGCUGUUUAGACCGCUGGGCAUCAACACUUCCAACCAGCGGGUUAGAGAGGUGGCAUGUCGCCGCGUAUAUCCUAACAUUGAUAAAAACGCUUGGGCAGAUGUUGCGGUGGCUCGCUGCUUCGGCGAUCAAACUCAUGUAACGUUAGUGCGGGCCACGAGCUUUGAAUCCCGUGGGGUCGAGUCCACCACAAACAACGCUGAGACAUAAAGAGAGGACCGGCUCACUGACCCACCAUCAUCGCUACCAAACACCCAGCGUCCUCCCUCUGUCUGUCAGGCUUGCAAAGUUGAACCUGCGACCCUCCUGCCCCUCCUCUUCCUCACCGGACCUAGUUCAUCGUCUUCCUCCACGAUGGGCCCCCUCCUCAGCUAGUACGACGCGUGGGAACGAUCAGCAGCCCUCAAACCAUGGGAGGAUGUGUGGGGAGAUACUGGGAAGGCUGGGAGGACACACAGAGCCGAGGCUCGUCCAGGAACGGUGGACGCGGAGGACGUAACGAGCCUCUGAAGAAAGACCGUCCCAAGUGGAAGAGCGACUAUCCGAUGACAGAGGGUCAGCUACGGAGCAAACGGGAUGAAUUCUGGGACACGGCGCCGGCAUUUGAGGGCCGCAAAGAGAUUUGGGACGCCCUGAAAGCUGCGGCUGUGGCCCUGGAGUGUAACGACCACGAGCUGGCCCAGGCUAUAGUGGAUGGAGCCAGUAUCACACUGCCACAUGGUACUCUCGCGGAAUGUUACGACGAGCUCGGGAACCGCUACCAGCUGCCCGUCUACUGUCUGGCUCCACCAAUCAACCUCAUCUCAGAGCGCAGCGACGAGGACCCCAGCGACAGCCCCGAGCCCCCUGUAGCACCCAAGAAGGAAUUCCAGCUCAAGGUACGGCUCUCCACCGGCAAGGACCUGCGCCUCAGUGCCAGCAUGGCCGACACCAUAGGGCAACUGAAGAAGCAGCUGCAGGCUCAGGAUGACAUCGACGCCGCCCACCAGCGCUGGUUCUUCUCCGGGAAGCUGCUCACAGACAAGACGCGGCUGCAGGACACUAAGAUCCAGAAGGACUUUGUCAUCCAGGUCAUCGUCAACCCGCAGGCCCUCCAAGCCCCCAAGCUGUCACCCACCACCACUGCCUCCUCGCCUUCAUCCGAGUGAUUGAGGACACGGAGGACGGAUGGAAGGGCAGUGCCGUGGGUAGAGAGGAUGGUGGCAGGCAGUAAAGGACCAGAGGUGCCUCCUCUUGUCUGGAUAAGUAGUUAGCUUUUUGAGAACAGCUACUGAAAUAAAAAUCAAACUGUGGAGGUACAAAACUACUUUGGAGCAAAAACAUGAGGGAGAAACUCAAAAGUGCUGCUUUCUUUCAUCUAUCAUGUGUCAUUGUAUGUUUUGGGGUCUGCUGGGUUGUUCUUUAAGUGAAUCCGGUCAGCA